GCUCCUAUAGAUCCACCUGUUCACGCGCGUGCCUUUCAUCUUCUCCCUCCCCGAAGCCAGACGAAUGGAUCCGGCAUCGGCGCGCAUCCUCUGCAUUGUGUUGCGCAUCAACUCCUCCAUGUUGCGGCUUGUUUCGUUUGUAUUUUGCUAUUUUUAAAAAAAGGGACAUGAUCCUGGCGGUGGAGGCAGUCAUCACAGCCGCCGAACAUCAACCCGGGUUGGGAUUCUGACUCACAACACCACCGCUGCUUCACAGACGCAGUGGACGGUUUAUUUUUUUUAUUAUUUUUUUACAUUAUUUUAUUUGUAUUAUUAUCAUUGACAUAGGAGAAGUCAUGGUACCGGUACCGUGUCGUGUUCUUGUGGCAGCGUGACAACUUUAUUGUUUAAACCGCAGCCCCCCCAUCUUUUUUUGGGGGGGGAUAUUUUAUAAAUGGGAUCGAGCUUUUUGUGGGAAAUUCCCCGCCGUUUUGUGUCCCAAUUAUGUUCACUUUUGCUGCCUUCUGCUACAUGCUGUCUCUGGUUCUCUGCGUGUCACUCAUCUUCUUCGCAAUAUGGCAUAUAACAGCGUUUGAUGAGCUCCAGGCUGACUUCAAGGUGCCAAUCGAUCAAGGCAAUCCACUUCAUGCGAGGGAGAGACUGCGAAACAUCGAGAGAAUUUGUAACCUGCUGAGAAAGUUGGUGCUACCGGAGUACUCGAUCCAUGUACUCUUUUGUAUCAUGUUCCUGUGUGCCCAGGAAUGGCUGACUGUGGGCCUCAACAUCCCCCUGCUCUUCUACAACACUUGGAGUAGGUACUUCCAUUCCCCGACGGACACCAAGGAGUUGCUCUACGACCCGGCAUCGGUGAUGAACGGCGACACGCUCAAGUUCUGCCUGAAGGAGGCCUGGUGCAAGCUGUCCUUCUUUGUCCUUUCCUUCUUCUACUAUCUCUACUGUGUGUGGAACCUGGAAAUAUCCCUCUAAUAGGUCUUAUCAGUGGGAACACUCACAAGUAUGAUCUACUCCCUGGUUACCUCGUAACAACUGACUUCUGGAGAGACCUCUGGAUACACAAACUGCCAUAUUUACUACAGUUCUUUUUUGUACGAGAGACAAAACAAUGAUUUGUUCUUUUGGGGACAUACUUCCUGCUCGACGACAUACUGACGACAUACUAUAUAUAUAUAUAUAUAUAUAUGAACUCAAUCUGUCAUUUACAGUUUGAUUGGUCGUCGUGAGUCCAUCACUGCCUGGAAAACAUUUAUGACAUGAACACACACACACACACACACAUUGUUCUGGAGUGGUACAGUCACUUAAACGUACCGGUAGCAGCGAUGGUAGCACCCCCCCAGGUUGAAGAGCACAGUAACGUUUGCACAGUUUGUCUCAGGCACAGCAGGGGUGAAGAACCCGAGUACUGCCCCCCCGGCACAGCAUAGCUCCGCUUCGGAGCCUCACCCGUCGUAGCAACAGUGAGUCAGAAACGGGUGGGAUGGGUGGAUGAGUUGGAGCGCACUGCUAAAAGAAAAAAAAAAUGAAAAAAAAAACAGAAUUUUAAUGUACUCUUUGACAUUUGAACUCAAAACACUGAGUUUGUGUAUAGCAGCAAAUGCCUUCUUAUUGUUGUUUUCGGUGUUGUUCCACCAUGAGAAUCAUUUCGAAAAGACACAAUUACACACAUAUUGUUUGCACAAACGUUGUAGUUCAUCUUUCACAAUGUCAACGGCUGUGUUUUCUCGAGAUCUUGUAUGAUAAUCCAGCCACACAGGUGAAGGUCUUCCAGUGUGUACUAUGUACUUAAAACAGGGAAGCACAUGUUGUAUCUUUUCCAGCUCUGGUGAAGCAAGGGACCAAAUUGCCUUCUUCUUCUUCUUUGGUAAGGAUUUCUUCCAAUGUAACGACGAAGAAGAACGAAUGAAGCACAAAGAGACAUUGUCGACUACAAUCAGUGAGUCUUUUCUUCAUCCAGUAAAUGUAACAGUGAUUAUAGGCGUCACCUUCACGGACACGUUACACUGUUACACUGUACAGAACCAAUGCUUGCUACAAUACGUCAAAGUGAGAUAUUACAAUAACAAGGCAAGUGUACUAGUAAUUACUGCAUUUGGGAUAUAUACACUCCUAAACACAAUCUCAAGACCUAGGAAAACAUUUCAUUAAUGUUCAUGUUAAAGGUUAAAUAACUGUUAAUAGUUAUCCUCCCUAUCCGUGUGGAAGUGGUAAGUUUUUGGCGAUUUAAGUUGAAAGGAAAUAACUUGAAGGCUACCGUUUAGGUCGCUAGCUCUCUAGUUUGCGAGUUAGCAUGUGUCUCAAGACCCUGCAGUUGCGCAAUAUGUUGUAAAUAAAAAGAGUAUAAAUGUGACUAUAGUCGUGUUUUGUCAUGUCUACAGGGCUCUAAUAAUACUUUGUUCAUUUUAAUCUGAAAAAAAUAAUUUGUCUACCCACCAACUAUAUGUGGUUUCUUAAUUUUUAAUUAUUUGCCGUUUUAUUAUUAUUAUUAUAUUUAUUUAUUACUGAUUGAUUUUCUUUAUUCUUGAUUUGUUUAUUUAUUUUUCAUCUUAUUUUGUGCAGAAAAAUAAAAAGUAAGAUAUUUGAGAACAGUGGAAUGUUUUAUCAGAGCUUUUGUAGAAAAUCGGAACCAAAGCACUGAAAAAGUUUGUAUAUUUUUCCGUUUUUAAUAAAUGCGUUUUGUUUUGUUUUUUGAAAAGGCCCAGCCUUGCCCAGACCCUAGCUCCAGUGGCCCCCAGGUAAAUUGAGUUUGAGACCCCUGGUAUACAGUAUAAAUACAGUUCGAUGUCGAUGAAAUGACACACCUAUAGUCACCUUUACAUUCCUAUUAUGCAUUGCUUACAUGUUAAGGUAAUAUAAUGUCAGGUAAUGUCAUGCCGUUUUGACUAAUAAACCAUAGUCUACUACGAAAUAAUUUCUGGAAAACGCGAUAUUCCCAGGGACAAUUUUAGAUCCAGUCUUAAGUUUAUGUUCAGGAGUGUAUGUCUUUGUCUCACAGGUACCUAAACACGACAAAUUUAUCCUUUACGUGUUGUAGCACUGUCCUAGUUUUACCCACAUACCCAUUCCCACCACCAUCCUGACGGAGGAGAUACAGUAUGAAGCCCUGCAUUUUCUACCCUUACUGUGUAUGUGAAUUUAGAUAUUGUUCAUGAAAUAAACUAUUUUAAAGUCAAUAGUAUGUUUUGUGUUCAU